GUCCCCACCAUAGCUGACAUGGUGCUCCCAUCCUCAUUUUUGCCUACAUCGCUCCCUCCUCCCUCUUCCCCUGGUCCCUGCCCUGCUUCCGCUGUGGUGGAAGAGCUUGCUCCGCUUGCUCCUCCUCCCCUUGUAAUUGAACCGUCUCCUCCUCCCAUGAAUCAGUCCAUUGCCCCUUCUAUUCCUGCAACUGAACCUAUUGCUCCUCAGCCUCCUGCAGCACAGGUAGCAGUCCCCACCAUAGCUGACAUGGUGCUCCCAUCCUCAUCUUUGCUUACACCGCUCCCUCCUCCCUCUGCCCCUGCUCCCUGCCCUGCUUCAGCUGUGGUGGAAGAGCUCACUCUGCUUGCUCCUCCUCCCCAUGUAAUUGAACCUUCUCCUCCUCCCAUGAAUCAGUCCAUUGCCCUUUCUGUUCCUGCAACAGAACCUAUUGCUCCUCCACAUGUGUUUGAAUCCAUUGCGCCUUCAUCUGUUGCUGAACCCAUACCAUGUCCUCUCCCUGUCGAGAUUGAACCCAUCGCUGCUCCCCCUCCUCCCAAAUCCGAACCCCUUUCUUCCCUUCCUAUUGUCGAGCCUGCCACCAUCCUGCUACCGCCACCCGCUGAGCCAUUUGCUGCGCCUCCCCUGCCAGAGUUUACUGCUCCUUGUGAACCAGUUGCACCUCCUCCUCAGCUCCCAGUUGAGCCAGUAUCUCCUGCUCCGGUGCCCGAGCCAGUGGCAGUGCCUGAGUCAAUUUCAGUCCCACCACCUCCUGCUCCACCAGCCGUUGAUGAAGAGGCCCUGAGGAAGAAGAUCUCUGAUGAGCUGCAUAUAGGCUUCCAGCAGGAGAGGGCCAAGGCUGAGCAAGAGCUGCAAGCCUGGUUGGACGCGGAGAAGGCCCGGGCAGCAGAGCAGGCCACCGCUGACGCCCAGUCCAAGGUCCAGAAUGAAGUUUCCAGGAUCCUGUCUGUGGAGCGGGCCAUGGACCACGAGAACCUCCAGCAGGCUCUCGUCAGGGAGAGGAUCACCUCUGAGGAUGAGAAGCUCCGUGCCCAGCUCUAUGCCAGGCAGCUGGAGGCCAGAGAAGCCGACUUAAAGAAGCAGGAUGCUUUCUACAGAGAGCAGGUGGCGCGGCUGGAGGAGAGGAGUGCUCAGUUCUACAAGGUCACCACAGAGAACUACCAUAAAUCUGCAGACCAAGUGAAUGCCAAGUUCAAGCGGUACGAGGUGUAUCCCGUGUGCGCAGACAUUCAGGGCCAGAUCCUCACAUGCUACAAAGAGAACGUUGGAAAAACCCUCCACUGCUCCAACAUAGCAGCCCUUUACCUGCAGUGUGUCAACAAUGCCAAACAGAAUGACAAGUAUGAGCAUGCGCCAUCAUGGACAGAUGAUAUAACAAGUCUAGGACUGGGGGUUAAGAAUGAGAGAGGAAGCAAGAGAGAGCAAUGAAGAGUUUAAUCGUGUGGGAUUUCUGAUUAUCGACCGACUGACAGACCAAACUGCAGCGAAGGAGGGGAGGAACAAAUCGGCACCGGCACACACCCUCGAAAACCCCGUCACCGAGCCACACCACUGGCACUGAGCACGGCACCUUGGAUGAGACGUAGGCACCCUUUCCCCCCAGCCGUAUCUCCUUCCCCUGCUCUCCAAACCCUCGUCUAUAUCUCUCCUGUGAGAAUGGCAGAGAGGCAGUGACGCUGUCCGCCAUUCCGGAGAGACACACCGGUGACCUGCGGAACCCAACAGGGCCCCGGGUUUGGCAAAAGAUGAACCAGAACCACCUCCAGAAAGCCGGCCGCCCGUGUCACAAGCCACUUGGAUCCAUCCCGUCUCACUCCAUUAGGAAAUCAAAGUCUAUUUUUUACAAAUUCAAGUCAGUCCCUAAGUUGUUUGUCGCGAAUUCAUUGUUUUCUUAGCUCCUAAUGCACUAUCAUGUACACAGAUACACAUGUACACAUCUGUGUCUUCCUUUGCAUCUGUUCCUGAGAGAUUGUGUUGUGUUAGUAAUGUAACGAUCUGCGUGUUGUGUAUUCAUCCAGACCAACACUUGUGACGACGUGUGAUCACAGGAAAUAAAAGACGAAACAAUGCA